GUGCCAGAUUCUAUGCUUAAAUGGAGGUCCUGAUAUUAGACCAAUACAACUACUGCAAAUAAUUGCCAGCACAGGACCUUGUUAAUCUGUUUCUUGACAUGGCCAAAAAUUCCAUUCUGUUAUGUUUUCUCAUAUUGACCUCCUUUCCAGCCUUCAAAACCCAACAGAAAAAACUGUUUUUUCUCAACAAAACUACACAUAUAAACCAUGGCUGCAACACACAAAAUCCCAACAACACAAAUACAUACCAGCCAGAAUUCACCUUCACAGUCUUGACAGACAGAAAAUGGGUUGUGGAAAAUCAAAACAUGAUGUAGCAACUGGGAACACAGUCGCCAGGAAGAAAUCGAAUGUUGGUGAUCAAGCCAAGGACAUUGGAACCGUCCUGGAAAAUGGAGCCAAAAAUAAGGAUAUUACAAACUCUUCAUUGGUGCAACAGCAAGAGACGAAUCAGAAUGUCAAUGGAGACAAUCCUCAGACUGAGGUAAGGGAUAUAGCUGAAAACAAGGCAUCAGGCGAAGAAAAGCACGCACCAGAAGAAAGACUGAUAUCUAAAGAAUCACCGAAUCAUUUCUUUUCUUCAAGAAAAGAAGAGGAAGUUGUUGAAGGAAUUGUUUCUGAUCAAAAGUCUGAUUAUGACUCUCCUCGCCUUGAAACUGCAGUCAAGGAGAAUUUGUUCAAUGACAAUGAGAAUGUUAACAAUGAAGUAGAAACCACAGAAGAAACCAAAAAUGUAGUAGAAGAAGCAGUUGUCAAAGUAGAAAGCACAUCCAAGGAAGCAGGAGUUUCAGCUCCUACUGAAAAGGAAGAAUCGGCGGCCUUAACAACCAAUGAUCUGAAAACUGUCUGAUCUUUAAGGAACAAUCUGGGAAUUCGCCAUUCAUCUUUGUUUGUGAAGUUUUACAAGUUGCUGGUUUAUGUAUUGAUGUUGUUGUAUGGUGCUUUAAACCCUUUUUACCGUUUUCUGAGAUUACAUUAUGGAAUCUAAAAAAUUUACAAUGUUCC